CGGGGACGGGGUGAGGUUUCUGGCUGCUGGGGGUGUGCUGGCAGCACUGCUUCCCCUGCACUCUCCCGCCGGGCUUCGCCACAGAGACCCUGCAGGAGACACAUAUUCUGCAGGGAGUUUUAAGAGUUGGUUUUUUUUUCACAGAACGCGGCUUUGGGCCAUCGCGUGUGCUGGCGAGUUUUGAUCUGGAAUCGGUUCUGGAAACGCAGGGCAAAGGAUCAAUUGAAAUUAUCUCCCUGUAAACUGAGGAGGAACGUGGAGGACCUGGACUGAGCUUUAGCCUGGCAUUUUCUGCUCAUUUUUGCUCAUGCUGAAAAUUCUUCCCUAGGUGUGUCCCUGGCAGCAUGGAGUCACGCUGCCAGCUUUGGCCGUGGGCAGUAUUUGUCCUCUUGGCUGCCCCGCAGCUGCUGGGCGCACAGCAAGCCUGCUCCCGUGGAGCCUGCUACCCCCCCGCCGGAGAUGUCCUGCUGGGACGAGUCCACCUCCUGAGAGCCUCCUCCACCUGCGGCCUCACCAAGCCCGAGACGUACUGCACACCCCACGGAGAGUGGAGCAUGCGAUGCUGCAGGUGUGACUCACGGCUGCCGCACGCCUACAACGGCCACCGCGUGGAGAACGUCCUGUCCUCCGCUGGGCACUCGCGCUGGUGGCAGUCCCAGAAUGGCAUCGAGCGCGUCUCUUUGCAGCUGGACCUGGACCAGACAUUCCAGCUCAGCAGCAUCGUGCUUCACUUCAGGUACCUGCUGCCCACUGCCAUGCUGAUAGAGCGCUCCACUGACUUUGGCAAGACCUGGGAGGUGUACCAGUACCUGGCCUCUGACUGCGCCGCCGCCUUCCCCCACAUCCCCCGGGGCUCCCCGGAGAGCUGGCAGGAUGCUCGGUGCCAGGUGCUGCAGGGGUACCCUCUGCAUGGCGGCAAGGUGAAAUUCAGUGUCCGAGACCUGGCAUCUACCAUCACUACCUCUUACAGCCAGACCAUUGACAGGCUGGGGCAGUUCACAAACCUGCGGAUCAACUUCACCGAGCUCCCCCACAUAGCGCGCCAGGGCUACCACUCGCCCAGCACCUUCUACGCUGUGACGGAGAUGCAGGUGCUGGGGAGCUGCUUCUGCCAUGGACAUGCUGACCGCUGCGACUCUUCGGGAGACCUGCACGCUGCGCAGGUCCACGGGCACUGUGUGUGUCAGCACAACACUGCCGGUCCCAACUGCGAUCGCUGCGCUGCCCUCUACAAUGACCGGCCGUGGGCACCCGCGGAGGACGACGACCCCCACGAGUGCCAGAGGUGCAACUGCAACGGUCACUCGGCAUCGUGCCGCUUUGACCCGGAGCUGUACCGUGCCAGCGGAGGGGUGAGCGGGGGUGUCUGUGAUGACUGCCAGCACAACACUGAAGGCAACAACUGUGAGCAGUGCAAAACUAACUAUUUUCGCAACCAGCAGCAAGAUCUCACCCAUCCUGAAGCCUGUUUGCCCUGUGAAUGUGACCCGGAUGGCACCAUGCCAGGCUCCAUCUGUGACCCGCUGACAGGGCGCUGCGUGUGCAAGGAGAAUGUGCAGGGGGACCGCUGCCACCUCUGCAAGCCGGGGUUCACCCAGCUGGCUAACGCCAACCCCAUGGGGUGCCGCAGAUGCACCUGCAACGUGCUGGGAACGCGGCAGGACAUGCCCUGUGACGAUGAGACGGGGAGGUGCUUCUGUCUGCCCAACGUGGUGGGGAACGACUGCGACCAGUGCGCGGCUGAGCACUGGGAGAUAGGGAGUGGCCAGGGCUGCCAGCCCUGUGGCUGCCACCCGCACGGCUCCCACAGCCCCCAGUGCAACCAGUUCACAGGACAGUGUCCGUGCAGAGAAGGCUUCACGGGACGGACGUGCUCUGCCAUGCAGAUGCAGGUUUGCCCAGACAGGCACUACGGAGUCAUCCAAAGAGGGUGCACAGAGUGUGACUGCGACUUCCAGGGCACCGAGGAUGUGGGGUGCGACAAGACCACGGGCCAAUGUCUUUGCCGCCCAGGUGUCACUGGCCCCCGCUGCGACCAGUGCCAGCGGGGCCACUGCAACACCUACCCUGGCUGCGAGCUGUGCCACCCUUGCUUUCGUGCCUAUGACGGGGACAUCCAGCGCCUGCACCUGCGCCAGGCUGGCCUCAGCAACUCCACCUCACGGAUGCCCCUGGGGAGUGGGGGCUCCCGCCUCGGCCCCCGCCUCUCACAGGCAGAGGCCAACGUGCAGCAGGGGCAGAGCAUCCUCGGCCACUCCUCUGUGACAGAGCAGAGCUUUGCCCAGGUGGGCAGUGCGCUCGCUGCCAUCAGAGAGCAGGUCCAAGGCAUAAAUCCUGAUCUUCAUUUUCUGGAUGAGACUGCCUCUCUAUCAAGGGAGCUCGAAGCCCUCAACAGCAGCUUGCUCAUCACUAACACCCAGUAUCAGAGCAAGAAGACCCAGUUUGAAACCAGCCACAGCACGGAUCUGUCAGGAGCCUUCAAGACAAUCAGAUCUGCUUAUCAGACAUCCACCAAUGCCAGCAGCCUUGUUGCUGGUGCCUCUGGGCUGCUGGCCGAGUCCCGGGAGAGCCGCAGGAGUGCCGCGGGGCUGGAGGGGGGGCUGGCAGAGGCCACCUCCAGGCUGCUGGCCCUGAAGGGCGAGAUAGCCUCAUCCCCCAACCUGACCCCUGUCAUAAAUAAGAUCUGCGGUGGCUUCCGAGUGGAGACGUGCACACCUGCCCGGUGCCAGGGGCUGCUCUGCCCGCGGGACAACAGCACUACCUGCGGGGCCACCCGCCCCUGCCGCGGCAUCUUCCCGCUCGCCAGUGCGGCCCUCGCCACGGCUGGGGAAGCUGCCAGGGAGUUUCGCAGCCUGAGCACCCGGCUGCAGGAGACGGUGCAGCUGGUUAAAACGACAGAGAUGUCUGCAAACCAGAUUCAGAGCAGUACUCGGCGGCUUGUGGAGCAGAUGACCGUAACGAGGACCCAGAUAGAAGGAGAUGUGCGGCGCAUCCAGCAGUUCAUCCAGCAAGUUCGGAACUUCUUGUCAGACAAGGACACGGACCCUGCCACUAUCCAGGAAAUCAGUGAGUCUGUUCUCUCCUUACGUCUCCCCACGGAUGCUGCUGCUGUCCUGAGAAAAAUGACUGAGAUCCAAAAAUUGGCGACUAAGCUGCAGUGCCCAGAGAGCAUACUUGCCCAGACAGCCGAGGACAUCGCAAAGGCCAAGCAGCUUCAGCAGGAGGCUGAACAAGCCAGGAACAGGGCGAAUGCUGUGGAGGGCAACAUGGAAGAGGUGGUCAGGAACCUGCGGCGAGCAAACACAGUGCUCCUGGAGGCCCAGGGCGCUAUCAGGGGCUCUGGCUCUUCCCUUCGGUUCAUCCAGGAGCGCAUUGAUGAAAUUGAGGCUGUUCUUGGUCCAGCUGACAAGAGUGUGAAGUCCAUGGCAAGCCAGCUGGACGUGCUGAUGGAGAGGCUCUCACAGCUGCAGCGCGGCGCGGACCAGAACCGCCUGCGGGCCACCGACGCGCAGCAGACGGCUGGGGUGGCGGGCGAGCAGGCCAGGGGCGCGCAGCAGGCUUUCGAACAAGUGAAACAAAUGUACGCUGAGCUGAAGAGAAGGAUGGAGCAGAGCCCAGCACUGGGAGAGCAGGGCAGCAGGGUGCAAAGCAUAGACCUGGAGGCACAGGCUCUUUUUGAGGAGACUUCGGCCAUAAUGCUCAGGAUGGAAACUUUACAGACAGAAAUUCAGGAAAGCAACAAGGCUUUGGUGUCCAAGUCGGCCAGGCUGUCGGGCCUGGAGGAGCGGGUGGGCAGGAUCCGGGACGCCAUCAACACGCAAGUGGCCUACUACGAGAGCUGCUCCUGAGCGGGCGCCCCAGCGGCGUUGCUUUCCUUCUCUGCAGACACUGACUUGUGUAUUUAUUCCCAUUUUCUGGCUGGAGUUCUCAUGUGCCUAUUUUUAGCAAAUGGAGUCUCUGUACCUCUGGAAAACAGCUGCACUGAGCCAAAGGAGCAACCCCACGGAGAGGGCUAACCUUGGCUGGCCUGGCCGAAGCUGCCCGGUGGUUGGGGGAAACGGGGGGAGAGACAUCGGUCUCCGAUGGCAAAUAAAAAUAUCCCCAAAGCUGUUAUUUCCACAGGGCUUUAUAAACCAAGAAAGUAUUUCUUUUUCUUUUGUUCUUUGUUUUAGCCAAUUCAAGCUCUUCAAGCUGAGUUUCAUGGUUCAAAUUAAAACCCUCAUGUGGGGUCUUUUAAUACCUUUAUCUAUAUUACAGUUAAUCCUUAAAACUU